AUGUUGUCGCGUAGCUCCGCCAGGUCGGCGCAGCCCCUUCGAUCCUUCGCAACCGUCCAAUCCGAUAUCUUCAAGCCCACGAAAUAUGGCGGAAAGUACACGGUCACUCUCAUUCCCGGAGACGGAAUCGGCGCGGAGGUCGCGGAAUCAGUGAAGACCAUUUUCAAGGCGGACAAUGUGCCCGUCGAGUGGGAGCAGGUCGAUGUAUCCGGAGUUGAGACUCGAGGCAAGCCGUCAGAGGAUCUUUUCCGCGAGUCGAUUGCCUCGCUCAAGAGGAACAAGCUCGGAUUGAAGGGUAUCCUACACACGCCCAUCGACCGGUCCGGCCACCAAUCCUUCAACGUAGCUAUGCGACAAGAGCUUGACAUCUACGCCUCGAUCGUCCUGAUCAAGAACAUCCCCGGCUACAAAACCCGCCACGAGAACGUCGACCUGUGCAUCAUCCGUGAGAACACCGAGGGAGAGUACUCUGGCCUCGAGCACCAAUCCGUUUCGGGCGUCGUCGAGUCCCUCAAGAUCAUCACCCGCGCCAAGUCGGAGCGCAUUGCAAAGUUCGCAUUCAGCUUUGCCCUUGCCAACAACCGCAAGAAGGUCACCUGUAUCCACAAGGCCAACAUCAUGAAGCUCGCAGACGGUCUGUUCCGCAACACCUUCAAUGCCGUCGCCAAGGAGUACCCCACUCUGGAGACCAAUGACAUGAUCGUCGACAAUGCCUCGAUGCAGUGUGUCUCGCGGCCCCAGCAGUUCGAUGUCAUGGUCAUGCCCAACCUGUACGGAGGAAUUCUCUCCAACGUCGGAGCUGCCCUUGUCGGAGGACCAGGUGUCGUUCCUGGAUGCAACAUGGGCCGUGAAGUUGCCAUUUUCGAGCCUGGCUGCCGUCACGUCGGUCUCGAUAUCAAGGGCAAGGACCAGGCGAACCCAACUGCUAUGCUCCUCUCUGGAUCCAUGCUCCUGAGACAUCUGGGCCUGGACGAGCAUGCCAACCGCAUCUCCAAGGCCGUCUACGACGUAAUCGCUGAAGGACACGUACGAACGCGCGAUAUGGGUGGCGAGUCCAGCACACACCAGUUCACAAGAGCUGUUCUGGACAAGAUGGAUCUGGCAGGAUAG